AUGGCCCAAAUCCGUGGCACAGCGGGCUACAACCUCGGCCACCAGAACCCGUUUGGCGGGCCCAGUAGCGCAGAUGCCACCAGCGACCCCAGCCCGCUUGACGCCAUCCGCGAGCAGACUAGCAAGAUUGAGGAUUGGUUAGAUACCAUGUCUGACCCUGUGAAGCCGUACCUCCCCGCAAUCGGUCGAUUCCUCAUCGUAGUGACCUUCCUGGAAGAUUCACUACGUAUUCUCACACAAUGGAGCGACCAGUUGGUCUACCUGAAGGAUUACCGGAAUAUUCCGUGGGGAAUCACACAUCUCUUCCUGAUUUUCAACGUCAUCGCCAUGACUAUCUGCUCUACCCUGGUUAUUGCUCGCAAGCGCACCGAAUACGGCGUUGCGGGAUUGCUCGGCGUCGUUAUUACACAAGGUCUUGGUUAUGGUCUCAUCUUCGAUCUGAACUUCUUCCUGCGUAACCUGAGUGUCGUCGGUGGUCUGCUUAUGGUGCUGUCGGAUUCGUGGGUGCGCAAGAAGUUCGUCCCUGCUGGUCUGCCUCAGCUUGAUGAGAAGGAUCGUAAGAUGUACGUGCAGUUUGCUGGUCGUGUGCUUCUUAUCUUCCUUUUCAUUGGCUUUGUCUUCUCUGGUCAGUGGAGCUUCUGGCGCAUCCUUGUCAGCCUUUUCGGUCUGGUCGCGUGCGUCAUGGUCAUUGUUGGAUUCAAGGCUAAGUUCAGCGCUAUUGUUCUGGUCGUCUUGCUGAGUGUGUUCAAUGUGUUGGUUAACAACUUCUGGACGCUUCACCCCCGUCACCCCCAGAAGGACUUUGCCAAGUACGACUUUUUCCAGAUUCUGUCCAUUGUUGGUGGUCUCCUGCUCCUUGUUAACACCGGCCCUGGCCAGUUGAGCAUGGAUGAAAAGAAGAAGGUCUACUAG